AUGACACUCGGGACGCUGAAUUAUUUGCGUCGCCUCCUUGUCAAGCCGGGGGAGAUAGUAUCAAGCCCCUUCAGAAACAACGAUGCAGUCAAUGAGUCCCUAGUCAUAGACCCGAGUGAGCAUGCUCAGGGGGGUGGUCUUUACGAGUAUGCCUGCAGUCCGGAUUUGUUGGAACAAAUUGUGGCGGACCCUCGACAACGUCUAGCAAGACUCUUCAAGCAGUCUUCACCUGCGCAUGGCUUCCCAGAAAUCAAUUAUGCGCCUUCGAAAGAUGAUUAUCAACCAAUCGACUAUAUGGACUACGCUGACGAAAGCGGCGUAGACAAUGAAACAAGCCGAGCGUUCAUCGAAGAGCGCUCUGUUGGAGAGAAAAAGUUGAACCUCAUCAACUCAGCUCAUGAGACCGGGGAGCUCUACGGGCGAAAAGGAAGGUUUUCAUCGAACCCAGGGAUUAUGGAACACAAAAAUGAUUCAUUUGACAAGUUUCCAGUGGAAGAAUUAUCGCAAGAAAAUAAUAGUGAUGGACAUAUCCUUCGGCCCAAUAAUGGCAAAGUCGAGCACGAGGAAAGUUUGGGAAAGAGACCUUUUGAGCACAUGCUGGAUGCGAACUUAAAAGAAAAUGAUCUUCAAGACGAAGUCGGAGAACCUAUUCCCAAUCAGUCGCCAAGAAGCGACCAAACUCCUCCUUGUCAACACAAAGAUUAUUCACCAGAAUGGUUUGUCUCGCAUUCAGGAGAUAAACAUGACAAGGCAGGCAUCAACGAAAACAUGACAGAUGGAGAUCUCCUGCUCGAAGACUAUACUGCGACUAGAGAGCCGACAGGGGAUCAUCGACGGGAUAUGCCAAGCUUAAAUGAGAGCGAGGAAACCCCUUCGCAAACAUGUGGACUUGAUUUUGAGAUUUGUGAUAGAAUGGUCCCAUCCUACGAGGAAUCCGACUACGUUGCUUCCCUUGAUGAGUCUAGUACCUCUACAUUGGGGUCUACAUGUAUGACUGGUGAUGGAUGCAACACAACGUUUGCAUCCUCUACCCUCGUCGUCAAUAGCGAUAAAGAAAUGCUAGAGAAUGGCUCCAUGCCCCAUAUUGAAACAGAUGAAUGGCAUCUGGACCAUCGCAAGGCUUCCGAAAACACCGUUGAAGCGCCGAGCGAGCUGACGAAUGAAGCGGGCGUGCUGAAAAAUGAAGCCUUGAACUGUCAUGUUUCAGAAAACAAGAAACAUGAGGAAGAUCUGCAGCGUCUCCAAUGCCAACUCGAUCAAGUUCUUGAAGCAAAAGGUCACGUUGAGAAGAUAGCAGAGGAGGCCAUUUCUUCCCAAGCUGAUCUGAAAAAAAAGGUUCUUGGAUGCCGAAAUGAGCUUUCUCAAGCACUUGAUGAUGUCGACUUGCUGCGAAAGGAACGUAUCUUUUUUUUGAACGAACAAGAGAAGUUUCGCGAAAGAUUUGAGGUAUUGCGCCAUUCUCUUGAAAUAUCUGAGAACACAAAGAGACUUGACGAAUCGCAGCGGUACAACCUGAACCUUGCAAUGGAAGAGAUGAAGGGAGAGCAGGAUAGCCUGAAAGUAAAGCUUAGAAACAAUGAAAAAAUCAUCGGUGAUUUCACUGAUGAAAAACAACGGACCGAUAGAGAUCUGGAAGACUUACGAAAAGAGAAGCUUGAGCUGAUGGUCGUACUUGAAGGAAAAGAUCAAGAACUGCGAGGGCUGAUGAAUCAGACUGAAGCAAUGAGAUCAUCGCUCGAGGUUGUUGAGAAAGAGAAAUCGAAAAUCAAAGAAUUGUAUAGUCACGAGGGGAAAGAAAUCAUAAUGUUAAAGAAACACUUGGAGAAUUUGACGACUGAGUGUGCACAGUUGAGUGCCGCUUUGAUAGAUCGGGACACAGCACUGCGAAAGGUUCAAGACAAUUCGAGGCUCUUAGAGAUUUCGCGAGAAGAGCUGCUGUCAAGAAUAGAAGAGCUAGAGCAGGAACGUGAGCGACUCUGCCAGGAUAGGAUCUUGGAGAACCAAGAGUCGUAUACAGAGAGAGAGAUUCUGAUGCAAAUGAAGUUAUCCGUCCAAGAGUUGAAGGAGGAGCGUGAUAGAUACGAACAAAUGUAUAGAGACAGCCAGACUAUGAUUUCGGCUCUCAAACACGAACUCGGUUCUGAGAAAGCAAUACAAGGCUUCGCAGAUCGAGAAAGGGAGGAAGCUUCAAUCGAAUUUCGUCGUCUGGAAAAGUCAACAGCCGUACUGCAAACAGAAAAAGCAAACCUUGAGAGUUACAAUCUUCAGCUUCUGGAAUCUUUGGAGAAAUCAAAAACAGAGGAACAGGGGGAAAUUGUGAGUCUGCAAAACGAAAACCAGGAACUUCAGAUGAGACUUCGCAAUUGCACAACCAACUUCUUGAAUAGUGAAAAUGAGAAGAAAGCGAUUGCAAACCAGUUGGAAAAUGUCUCGAAAAAGAGAGGGGAUCUCUCUCGGGAGUCCUUGUUGCGCAACGGAUUCUGUGAUCGGACUGAUCGCAAACUUGUUCUAGCAGAAGACAAAGAAAAGAUGAAUGCAGUCUUUGUUCGCUUUCGAUCAAGAGCGAAGAGAGAGCUUCAUAAGGUUCGUGUCCAUCAUGAAAAAGUAGUUCAGGAUUCUGAAGGGCUGCAUUCAAAGUUCGUGGGGUUGGGGGAACAAGUAGUUCUUCUGGAACAGGAGAAUGCUAAGUUACGAUAUCAUCGAAAGAAGUGCCUGGAUGGAUUGAGAAAUGGACGAGACAAGAUUGCAAAGUCAGUUGCAACGACUGCUGUCCUCAGAAGGCAAAACCAGGCACCCGGCUCUAAUGCGUUGACGCUUGUAACGGAAUUAUAUCUGACAAAGUCCUCCAUGGACAUUCCAGGAGGACGGAUGUAG